AUGGCUCUCCUUGCACCUUGCCGAGCAGCUCUACUGCAGACAUCCAGAUUGGCCUCCCGAAACGCUUUGCGCCCGGCGUUCGCCGCCGCCCAGCAAGAACGAUAUGCCUCCUCUCGAAAGCAUCCUCAAGGCUUCGCCCCACCGACACAAGCAGAUCUUGAAGAGCUGCGUGAACGGACCAUCGAGUUCUGUAGACGAGAGAUCACGCCCGAAAUAGCACAGAAGACCGACCACGUCAACGAGUUCCCGAACGAUCUGUGGCCCAAGCUAGGCGAGGCGGGCUUCCUAGGCAUAACAGCAGACGAGGACCAUGGCGGUCUCGCUCUCGGUUACCAAGCCCAUUGCGUCGUCCUGGAAGAGCUAUCCCGCGCAUCAGGAUCAAUAGGACUAUCAUAUGCCGCCCAUAGUCAGCUAUGCGUGAAUCAACUCCAGUUGCAUGGCACGGCCGAGCAGAAAGAGAAGUGGCUACCAGGUCUUAUUUCCGGGACCAAAAUUGGAGCGUUGGCGAUGAGUGAGCACACUGCUGGAAGCGAUGUUGUGUCGAUGAAGACGACGGCGAAAAAGGUUGAUGGUGGCUAUGUCUUGAAGGGCGGUAAGAUGUGGAUCACGAAUGGACCAGAUGCACACGUUGUCGUGGUGUACGCAAAGACAGAACCUGAAGCCGGCUCAAAGGGCAUCACCGCCUUCCUAGUCGACACCACCACCACCAAAGGCUUCUCCGUUGCUCGCAAGCUUGACAAGCUGGGCAUGCGUGGGUCUAACACUGGUGAACUUCUCUUCGACGAUGUCUUCGUCCCCGAAGACGCAAUGCUUGGACCACUGAACAAGGGUGUGAAAGUCCUCAUGGAAGGUCUUGACCUGGAACGACUCGUCCUCUCCGCUGGCCCGCUGGGACUCAUGAAAGCCGCCCUCGACGUAACGCUCCCAUAUGUUCACGAACGAAAGCAAUUCGGCCAACCACUGGCACACAAUCAGCUCAUACAGGGCAAACUGACAGAUAUGUACACCAAAUAUCGCGCUUCCGCAGCUUUCACGUACACCGUCGCUCGUGAGAUCGACGAGAAUCACGAUGCCAUCGCGGACGGGACAGCAACGAUCAAGACACAGGAUUGUGCCGGCGCCAUUCUGUAUGCGAGUGAGAGGGCGACAGAGUGCGGUAUGGAUGCGAUCCAGUGUCUUGGUGGGAUGGGAUACAUGAACGAGAUGGCUGCUGGACGCAUUAUGCGGGACGCCAAGCUUUACGAGAUUGGGGCGGGCACUACGGAGGUCAGGAAAAUGGUGAUUGGAAGGGCCUUCAACAAGGAGUAUGCCCAGUGA